GGCCGGAGCCCAGCAGCUGGGGACCGGGGGCGCCGCCGCCCUGGGCGCGAGAGCGGCUGGACGCGGGGCUCGCGGGGCUCCCGGGCCGCCUCCCCGCCCGGACUGCCUGCGCCCCGCGGCCCCCCGGCUGGCCCGCGCCGGCCCUGCGCGCCUCCCGCGGGGAAGGCGUGGGCGUCCGCCGUGGACAGCCCGCUGCGGGUCGCGGCCACCGCGCCGAGCCUCGGCCUGGCCCUGCUGCGGGAGGCCUAGUUGCGUCACCUCCCCGUCCUCCGUCCUCCAUCCGCUCGGCGUGAUUCUUGGGCCCCGCUAGCGGGGGUUCUCCCUCCACAGGCACCACUCCCACCCAGUUCGAGGCUGUGAGCCCAGCAAGCUUAGACACCAGCAGCCAGGGCCAAGAUCUUACCCGAAUAGUUUCCAGCUCCAGCAAAUAGAGUUUCUCAGGGGGCGGCUCCCUGCCGUGCCCCUCACUGGAAAGCAGACCCCUUCGCUGCCACCGUUCGCCCCUGCACUCUGGCCGCGGUUUCCAGGACCACCUGCCAGAAGCAGGGGACUGGAGACCUGGGGUAUCCCCAGGGGCGUGCCUCCCAGAAGUCAGGUGCUCCAGAGAGGGUCCUGGUGUCCUGCCCCACGUGGCAGGGCUUUGCCGAGGAGAGGUGUCGACAGGCUUUCCUCACGUUUCCAGGACCUAGGUAUCAGCCAGGGCCAGGAACGGACGGUCUUAGAGCUUUUGCAGGAGCUGGGGGAAGGGAAGGCGGCCACAGCACAUGAUCUGGCUGGGAAGCUCGGAGUCCCAAAGAAGGAAGUCAACCGAGUUUUAUAUUCCCUGGCAAAGAAGGGUAAGCUCCAUCAGGAGGCGGGAACGCCCCCCUUGUGGAGAAUCGCCCCCGCGGUUCAGGCCUGGAACCCGCGUAGCCAAGUAGCCGACGCAGACCGUGCUCGCCAGGACGCUGGGAACUCGGACCCGGGUUUGGACCCUGAAGACCGAAGCUCCGAGUCUGAGUCGGAAGCCGCUCCCGAGCCUUCGGACAUGGCCGAGAUCAAAGAGAAGAUCUGCAGCUACCUGUUCAACGUGUGCAACGCCUCUGCCCUGAACUUGGCCAAAAACAUUGGCCUCAGCAAGGCCCGAGACGUCAGUGCCGUGCUGAUCGACUUGGAGCGGCAGGGGGACGUGUGCCGGCAGGGGACGACCCCCCCGGUGUGGUACCUGACUGACCGGAAGCGCGAGCGGAUGCAGAUAAAGAGAGACCCGGACAGCGCGCCCGAGGCCGGUCCGGCUGCCGUCCCCGAGGCCAAGGGAGACGUGGCGCUCCCGCCCCGCGACGCGGCCGUGCCCCAUGCCGCGGACGACGCGGUGGCCCUAGAAGACGCGGAGAAUGGCCGGGAGCCUGCCGCAAAGCUGGAGGGCAGGCGGGAGGCCGCGCCGGAGCCGGCGAAGCCAAAGCCGCCCGCUCAGGACAACGGCCCCUCGAAGACAGGGUACGUGGACUUUGAAAACGGCCAGUGGGCCACGGACGACAUCCCAGAUGACUUGAACAGCAUCCACGCAGCCCCAGGUGAGUUUCGAGCCAUCAUGGAGAUGCCCUCCUUCUACAGUCACGGCUGGCCGCGGUGCUCGCCCUACAAGAAGCUGGCGGAGUGCCAGCUGAAGAACCCCGUCAGCGGGCUGCUGGAGUACGCCCAGUUCGCCGCUCAGCCCUGUGAGUUCCACCUGCUGGAGCAGAGCGGGCCGCCCCACGAGCCCCGAUUUAAAUUCCAAGUCAUCAUUGGUGGCCGAGAGUUUCCCCCAGCAGAAGCUGGCAGCAAGAAGGUGGCCAAGCAGGACGCAGCCCUCAAAGCCAUGACCAUCCUGCUCGAGGAGGCUAAAGCCCGGGACAGUGGACGGGCAGAAGAGCCCUACGACUGCUCCGUAGAGAAGGGGUCGGAGAAGACCACGGAGUCCCAGCCCAGCGCCACGUCGGCCACGCCCUUCUUCUCCGGGAAGAACCCCGUCACGACCUUGCUAGAGUGCGUGCACAAGCUGGGGAGCUCCUGUGAAUUCCGCCUCCUGUCCAGAGAAGGCCCUGCCCACGACCCCAAGUUCCAGUACUGCGUCGCUAUGGGAGCCCACACCUUCCCCACCGCGAGUGCCCCCAGCAAGAAGGCGGCGAAGCAGAUGGCCGCAGAGGAGGCCAUGAAGGCCCUGCACGGGGAGGCCACCAGCUCGGCGCCUUCCGACGCACAGCCCGGAGGCGCCAGCGUGGAAUCGUUGGAGAGCCUGGAGUCCGGGAUGCCCAGCAAGGUCAGGAGGGUGGGCGAGCUCGUCAGAUACCUGAACACCAACCCCGUGGGCGGCCUGCUAGAGUACGCCCGCUCCCACGGCUUCGCGGCCGAGUUCAAGCUGGUCGACCAGUCCGGCCCCCCGCAUGAGCCCAAGUUCGUGUACCAGGCCAAAGUCGGGGGUCGCUGGUUCCCGGCCGUGUGCGCCCACAGCAAGAAGCAAGGCAAGCAGGAGGCGGCCGAUGCGGCGCUCCGCGUCCUGAUUGGGGAGGACGAGAAGGCCGAGCGCAUGGGUUUCACAGAGCUCCCCCUGACGGGCAGCACCUUCCACGACCAGAUAGCCAUGCUCAGCCACCGCUGUUUCAACGCCCUCACCAACAGCUUCCAGCCCUCCCUGCUCGGCCGUAAGAUCCUGGCCGCCGUCAUCAUGAAGAAGGCCUCGGACGACCUGGGGGUCGUGGUCAGCUUGGGGACAGGCAACCGCUGCGUGAAGGGCGACUCUCUCAGUCUGAAGGGGGAGACGGUCAACGACUGCCACGCGGAGAUCAUCUCCCGGCGAGGCUUCAUCAGGUUCCUCUACAGCGAGCUGAUGAAGUACAACCCGCAGACCGCGAAGGACAGCAUCUUCGAGCCCGCGAAGGGAGGCGAGAAGCUCCAGAUCAAGAAGACGGUGUCCUUCCACCUGUACAUCAGCACGGCCCCGUGUGGGGACGGCGCCCUCUUCGACAAGUCCUGCAGCGACCGUGCCGUGGAGAGCACCGAGUCCCGCCACUACCCCGUCUUCGAGAACCCCAAACAGGGCAAGCUGCGCACCAAGGUGGAGAACGGGGAAGGCACCAUCCCAGUGGAAUCCAGUGACAUCGUGCCUACGUGGGACGGCAUUCGGCUGGGGGAGCGACUCCGAACCAUGUCCUGUAGUGACAAGAUCCUGCGCUGGAACGUGCUGGGCCUGCAGGGGGCGCUGCUGACGCACUUCCUGCAGCCUGUGUACCUCAAGUCUGUCACCCUGGGUUACCUGUUCAGCCAAGGGCAUCUGACUCGGGCCAUCUGCUGCCGUGUGACCAGGGACGGGAGUGCCUUCGAGGACGGACUGCGGCCCCCCUUUAUCGUCAACCACCCCAAGGUUGGCCGCGUCAGCGUGUACGACUCCAAGAGGCAGUCUGGGAAGACGAAGGAGACCAGCGUCAACUGGUGCCUGGCUGACGGCUACGACCUGGAGAUCCUGGAUGGGACCAGAGGCACCGUGGACGGGCCGCGGAACGAGCUGUCCCGGGUCUCCAAAAAGAACAUUUUCCUCCUGUUUAAGAAGCUGUGCUCCUUCCGGUACCGCAGGGACCUGCUCAGACUCUCCUACGGGGAGGCCAAGAAGGCGGCCCGCGACUAUGAGGUGGCCAAGAACUACUUCAAGAAGGGUCUGAGGGACAUGGGUUACGGGAACUGGGUCAGCAAGCCCCAGGAGGAGAAGAACUUUUACCUCUGCCCCGUGUAGCGGGCCGGGCGCCGCAGGGUGGGCGCGAGGCGGGCUGUGCUGUCCUGUGGGGGUGGGGGUGGGGGUGGGGGCAUGCUGGGGACACCGGGAACUGGGUUCCUGCGUGCCCGGCCUCUGGGGGGGGUGCCCACCCCUGCCCUGCCUGCGGGGGCGGGGGGAGGCACGCCUUCUCUUCCCGCCACGCAAGCACGAGGGUCCUCGCCCACCACCCGCCCAGCCCCACUUGGCUCCCGCGGUCCCUCCCUGUGUUUGCCAUCAACCUCUUGCCAUCUUGGCCGGGGCCCCGUCAGCUCUGAGUCCUGGCAGGGCUGGGGGCUUCAGCGGUGGACUCUGUCCGCCCCCCCACCCCCUCCCCGCCGGCUCCCCGCGGCCCUUUUGCGAUCCCCUCCUUCUGAUCACGGAGAUUCUCCCUUUCCUCCCAGAGGGUGAGAGGCGAACUUAAGCGGGCGAGACAUCUAGGAGUCCGUCAGUCCCGGGGCCAUGGGGUCAGCGACCUUCGGGCCUUGCACUUUAGCCGGCACAGGGGGCGGGGCGGCCGGGAGGGCUGGCGCAGCCUGGGGGUCCCCCAGAGAUGGCAGAGGGCCCUGUGGGGCGACGCCGACCACCCAGGGGGCACAGACCCGCCUCGCCAAACCGCCAGGCCGCAGCUGUCCUCCUGAAGCAUUCCUAGGGAUUUGUCCUGCCAGCAGGGGACAGCAGGGCCACAGACCCCAACCCACUGGUGGGAGAAGUCCUCCGAAACAGGUCCUCCCCGCUCGGAUAAUCAGGACUUAGAACAAGGGCACAAUGUCGCGUUGGGUCAGAUCACUGUACCGCCCGCGUGUUUCUCGUGACCGUGACGCCAGUGAAACUUGACGAAGUCGUGGGUAAAUUAAGAGUUUUUAAAAAUGUCAUAAAUGUUGAUUCUUAACUGCUACAGAUAACCUGUAAUUGCACAGAUUUAAAAGUCAGACUUAAUUUUCCACUUAUCCAAGUGCUUUUGUCUGCGAGGUAGCUUCAGGAGGGCCGGUCACAGGCCUGAGGUCCCCUUGCCCGUCAGGGAACCUUUAGAGGCUGACACUCGACAGCAGUUGUAGAUGAAACAGCAGCUCGUCCUCAAGCCCCGUGAGGCGGGACCCCGUCCGCACCUCCAGCCAGCGUUGACUCCCGUGGCCCCAGCCUUCCGUCUCCCCGGAGUCCAGCUCUGGGCCCGAGUCAGCCGGACGCGCUCCAGACCUGUGCCCGGGCCCUGCCCCUCCAGACCCGAGCCCGCCUCUGGGUGGUGGCCGUGCGUGUCCGAGAAUGCUCCACGCCAGCGCCCCGAGGAGCCUGUCCCCCGCCCCCUGCACCCCCACCCUACUGCCGAGGCGGCCCCGUCUGCCCCCACCUCUUCAGCAGUAGAUACGCCCCCCUUCACACUUCUGUUCUUGUGGCUACUGUUUCCUCUGUGCUUUUGACCAAAAACUGACCAAAAUAAAAAAAAAACCCAAGUUUUUAAAGCAUACUGAAGAUGUCUUUGUGGAACAGCCAAGCGUCCCGAGGAACCAGUAGGGAGCCGGUGCCCGUCCCCGGGCGGAGGCGCCUCGGAACCUGCGGGCCCCGCUCCACCUUGGGUGUUAGGACCCCAGCUCGGACCCAGCUGCCUCCUCUUUAGCUGGCAGCACGCGGCCCUCAGAACCCCAGCCCCGCGCCCCGAGGUCAGGGGAGCCGUCGCCAACUUGUCGCCUUCGGUUUCUGCUGUAGGAAGAGGUUUCUGCCGGAGUUGCUGCUGUGCGGGGACGUGCCCGCACCCCUGCACCCCCGCCCGCCCCCGCAGGGCUGGACGGGGCAGAGCUCCCUCCUGCCCUGCUCUACUUUCUUGUCUGGUGUUUGUUUUUAGUAACCAGGACGCCCUCUUGCUUUUUUUUUAAAUGAUCUUUGUAGUUGGUUCGUCCGGACCAUGGCUGUCGUGCCCCCUCCGGUUAUCGCUUGUGAAACGUGUCCCCGCUGAAGCUAUUUCCUGUACUCACGUGGAGAGGCUCUGUGGGUUUGGGUCCUGGUGUGACCCCAGGCGCUGGGUGGGAAGAGCCCAAGCUCAGGCUUGGUGUGGCCGUGGCUGCGGUUCUGCUCUUAUGUGUCCCUCGGUAACAGUGACUCACGUUAUACAUUCCUCAGAAAUAAAGAAGGAGACUCUGAAUUGUUA